AUGGCGGCAGCGGGCGCGGGCUCCGGGCGCGCGGCGGUGUCCCGUCCUCGGCCUCCUCCCGCCCGCUUCCGGGGCUGCUUGGCCGGCGCGCUGCUGGGCGACUGCUUGGGAGCCGUCUUCGAGGGCAGGAGCGUGGUGAAGCUGCCCGAUUUGCUGAGCUUUCUCCGCGGCCUGGAGCCGCCGGGCGGUGAAGGGGAGCCAGCCGGGAGCGCCCGCAGAGAAACGCUUUCCUACACGGAUGACACGGCCAUGAGCAGAUCUGUGGUGCAGUCACUGCUGGCCAAGAGGGAGUUCGAUGAAGUUGACAUGGCCAAGAGGUUUGCUGAGGAGUACAAGAAGGAACCCAACAGGGGCUAUGGGAUGGCUGUUGUCAAUGUCUUUAAGAAGCUGCUGAGCCCCAAGUGCAGUGAUGUGUUUGAGCCAGCAAGAGCUCAAUUUAAUGGGAAAGGCUCCUAUGGCAAUGGUGGUGCCAUGAGGGUUGCAGGCAUUCCGCUCACCUAUUGGGAUGUUCAGGAUGUUAAGAAGUUUGCAAAGCUCAGUGCUGAGUUGACCCACGCCAACUCCUUGGGCUACAACGGGGCCAUCCUGCAGGCCCUGGCGGUGCAUCUCGCCUUGCAGGGAGAGGUGAGCAGGGAGACCUUCCUUGAGCAGCUCAUCAGCCACAUGGAGGACGUGGAGGCAGAUGAUAAGUCUCUUACUGAUGCCCGAGCGCUGGGAUUUGAGGACUUACCAUUUUCGAGGCGUCUGAAGAAAAUAAAGGAAUUUUUGGAGCUCAGCAGUGUUCCCAAAGCAGAUGUAUUGUUUGAAUUAGGCAAUGGCAUCGCUGCUUUGAGGUCUGUCCCCACUGCCAUUUACUCCUUCCUGCGCUGUAUGGAAGCUGACCCAGAUAUUCCUGAACACUACAACAACCUGCAGAGGACCAUCAUCUACUGUAUCUCUCUGGGUGGAGAUACAGACACCAUUGCUACCAUGGCAGGAGCCAUUGCUGGGGCUUAUUAUGGGGAAGAACAGAUACCCCCAAGUUGGGAGCAGAGCUGCGAAGCUUUUCAAGAGACACAGAAGAUGGCAGAUAGCUUACAUGAACUGUACUGCCAACGGCUCUGAGCCUGAAGGGAGUGUGUGUCCAGAAGGCAAAGCAGGUGGUUGCCUCUGCUUUGCUGGUCAUAAAGUUGGUGGUGGAUCCGUGCCAUGCAGAUGCAGCGAGCCUCCAUUGAGGAGACACCUGCUGCUGUGAGAAGAGAGGUGGAAGCACCAGCUGGGAUUGAAGAGAUGGCACAUAGCCUUCACUGACAGUUGUGCUGGGAAGUGGCUGCAUGUGGUGCCUUGGACAGUGGGAGCAUCUCUGAAGUACAAGAGCAUCAAGUUUUCAUAAGGCUGCUGCUUGCUUUGGCCCACCCUUCUGUAACUGUCAUUUUGUUAUUCCUAGGUGGUGUCUGAAUCCACAAACUUUCUUUUUUUACUAUUUUCCUCUACUGCCACAUCCUUCAUUUCUGUUGGUAGCAACGUGUCAAGCAUUGGUUUUCAUGGGCUGCACGUCCUUAAAACACUGACAAGUGUGAGCGUUCAUUCUCAACUGACAAGCAAGAGGGUCGGGGUGGGAGCCUGCAGAGGAGCAGCCAUGGGAGAGCUGGAGGAUUUGCUGUGUGUGGGGACAGGUUGCCUCCUUCAGUGCGGAGUGAGGAUGCUGCAGAGCAGAGCUCACAGGGAGGUUCACUUCAUUAAAGGCAGGAUGAAAAGUGCCUGAGAUGGGAGGAGGGAUUUCUUUGCACUGCCAGUGGCGUUUGAAGAAAUGCCUUUGGUGCCUGCACACGGAAUCCCAGUAGGCAAACUGUUACUGCUGGAAGAAUGGAAUCUAGAAUGGUUUGGGUUGGAAGGGAUCUUUAGAUCCUGUAGUUCCAACCCCCUCCUUUAGGCAGGGAUCACUAAUGAUGUCCCUUUGGUGCCCUUUGCUCUGCAAUCUGCCUGGCACUGCCCUGACUGACUGCACUUUGUCUUCCCUUAGAUAGCUGGCUCACGUUUCUGCAGCUACUCCAGCCAUUUCUUAGUUCUAAUCCUCACAUUCUGUGCUUUUAAUUCUGCCCUGUGAAUGUCCCGAGGGAGAUUGCUAUUUAAAAAUAAAAAUUGUGAAACAUGGUGUUAA